AUGGAAGAGGUGCCACAACGUAUGGACUGCCCAUAUCUGGGUACCAUCAACAGGCAUGUGUUGGACUUCGAUUUCGAGAAGCUGUGCUCCAUGACGCUGUCGGGUGACAACGUGUACUGCGACCUGGUUGACGGGAAGUUCUUCCAGGGACGCGGCAAGGACACACCCGCAUACCGCCACGCUUUGGAGAAGGGCCACUACGUCUGGAUGAAUGCUGUGGAUGGGAAGGUCUAUUGCAUUCCAGAUGGCUAUGAAGUGGUGGACAAAUCGCUAGAGGACAUCAAGUACAACUUGAUCCCUCUUUUCGAUGAGGAGGAGAUCGAGUUCAUGUCAACUCGCGUGCGGUAUUCAAAAGCCUUGGAUGGCACAGACUACAUUCCCGGGUGCAUCGGUCUGAACAACAUUCAGGAUUCAGACUAUCAGAAUGUCGUUAUCCAGAUGCUCUGCACAGUGAUUCCAAUCCGGAACUACUUCUUGGGCUACCAGCCCCCAUCCGAGCGAAAGCCGGACCCAGUCCUGGCCACCAUCUCCCAGUUGUUCCGCAAGAUGUACAACCCUAGGAACUUCAAGGGGAUCGUGUCCCCCCACGAGUUCUACCAGGCCGUGGGCCAGGUCACCAAUAAGAAGUUCUACGCCAAGCAGAUGGACCCGGUGGCCUUCUUCUCUUGGCUGAUGGGUUACCUUCACAAGAAGAGCAGAGACAAGAAGGGAGACUCUCUGGUUCACGACGUCUUCCAAGGAGAAGUGCAGGUCAAGCUUUGCCCUGCCCAUGAAGAGUCAAGAAUUACAGAGUCCAAAGAGAAGACGGUUUUCUUGACACUGGAAUUGCCAGACGAGCCGCUCUUCAAGGACAACCUGGACUUCAUUCCCCAGGUGCCGCUCUUUAACUUGUUGGAGAAGUUCAACGGCGAGAAGCCCUUCGAGAAGAUCGCAAAAGGUGGUGAGUCGCGCGAGAUCAGGAGGUACAGCUUGAGGCGCUUGCCGCCCUACGUCAUCUGCGUAGUGAAGCGCUUCCGAAACAACAACUUCUUUGUGGAAAAGAACCCCACAAUUGUGACCUUCCCAUUGAAGGGCCUUGAUCUGAGGGACUACAUCCAUCCAGACUGCCAGCCAGCCAACCCGGAAACGAAGUACGACUUGGUUGCGAAUGUUUGCCAUGAUGGGAAGCCAGAGCGUGGUACAUACAAAGUGCAGGUGUUCCACCAGCCCACGUCGCAGUGGUUCGAGAUCCACGAUUUGCGAGUAACGCCGGUUUUGCCGCAAAUGGUGGCCUUGACGGAGAGCUACAUUCAGGUCUACCAGAGACAGGAUGUGAAGCCAGAUGGCUCCUUCGGCAAAUUCGAUGCGGAGAUUCCGGACUUGCUGGCGGAGGCAGAACCUGGUGUGGCCGCAGAGAUCGAAAUGGCACCGGAGGACCUUGCAGAAGCCGGUAUCAUUAUCGGCUGA